CCAGACUGAAGGAAAUUUGUGCAGGUCUCCCCAUCGAUGGGUCUGCCCAUGGGUGUGUGUGGGAAGAGUCAAUCAUAGGGCCAAGUCGAGAGAGACAUGUGAAGGCGAGUGCCUUUCAGUGAUCGGUCCAUAUAUAUCUUAUCUAAUGUCCAUCCUACUUUUCUGGCUAGGCAUGACAUCCACUCAACGAUCCACCCACGCCGCCCACCCACUGGUCAGCCCGCCGUGAGUGAGUGAUCAGAUAUCGACAAAACAGCCAGCUGGGGGGCUGACUGACUGAGUCAAGGCAGCAGCAGGCAGCCGCUAGCAAGAAAGACACACACGUACGUCGCGCGAUGGAUGGAUGGAUGGAUGGACGGACGGAUGGAUGCAACGCCUUCGAUCGCUCACACACUCAUGCAGUGUAUAUACAGCCACGGCAGCCGAGCGAUCAAUGACUGACUGUACACACAUGAGCACACAGGCGGAGAGAGAGAGAGAUGUGCAUGUGUGUGUGUGUAUGUGUGUGCUAGCCACACGCGUGAUGCAUACGUCAUGUGUGUAUGCUCUCAGUCACUGCCUACACUAAGGAGUCCCUCCCCCCAACCGAAAGAGGCGCCGACCUGCGCGUCUGUACAGUGCAGGUGCGUGCGGGAAAAGCACCAAAACCCUCCCCUCCCUCCUCUCGCCGAUCUCGGCUGUCUGUCUGCUUGUCUGUCUGUCUGUCUGUGGCGCAUCGGUGUGGGCGAUCGAUCAAACACACGAUGCAGCAGCCGUGAGGAUGAAACCCUGCCAACCACCCCCACCCCCUUGCUACGCAUCUCAUGCCAUCCUCAGCUAAGCCGGCGUGACUGUGUGGAGCGAACACAUACGCAAACACACAAGACGGUGUGGGUCGGUGGAAAUCUGAGAGAGUGAGGGAGUGAGUGAAGCGCUUCAAAACGGACAGUGAGUGUGGCAAAACCGCCGCUGGAAUGCAAAAGGGGAGGGAAGAAGCGCAUUCAAGCCAAGGUGAAACAGCACCCCACCCAAUGCAGCGAUGCAUGCAUCGAUGGACCCCCUCCUCCACUAAUUCUGCCUCGUGUGAUGCAUUCAUUAUGCACCUGUGAGUGCACGGCCAGGCAAAAGGCGGCGGGCAAAGUUACCCUCUCUCCACACACAGCACAGAGGUACCACCAGGCACACCCAUCUCAGGCAGGCAGGCUGGAAGCAACACGAUAUGAGCCAAAAGGGGCGUCCAAGCAGCAUGUAUGUAUCCAUCGACGCGACGAGUGGGCCUUCGCGCGAUGCAAUCAGCCUAGCUAGCUAGCUUGCUAUGGCCAUAUCUGCCUCUCCGUGGGCAUGGCGUCUGUCUGCACAAGGAAUGGAAUGGGAUGGGGCGAAGGAGGGCGACAAGGGACCUGGGGGGCAGCAGUGCGGUCAUCCCGGCUGCUGCCUGCCCUCCAGAAGCUAGCUAUCCGUGCCGACCAUCCGGCGAAAUGACACCCACCUCUCUGUCUGUCUGUCUGUCUGCCUGCCUGUGUCUUUUGCUGUGAGUGAGUGAGUGGUCGGCAAGUCUGUCUGCACAAAUGAAUUAGAGAGGCAGAGCGUUCAUUCGUCAGGCUGGCAGGCUGGCAGAAGCUACGUACGCUAAGAGCAACAAGACAUCCCUGCACCCACUCCCCAAUCUGCACACCGUCCCUCUCCCCCUUCCCCCUCCCUCAUCCCUCUCCCUUGCUACAUCAUCAUUAUCAUUGCAUUGCCACUAUCGUUAUGAGAGCGCCGCCCAGAUGAGCUGCGGCAGGUGGGACAGAACGGUCGAGAAGACAAUGGCCAUGAGCACCACCACCACGGCACUCUUGACGUUCGCCACGCUAAGGCCCCACACCCGGCCCUCCCGGCCGUCGUCCGCGUCGCCCUCCCACCCACCGCACUCGCCAUCGUCGGACGAUGAGGACUCCUCGCCCAUUUUGUCUAUGGACGGCGGGACGGGCUGCCCAUUAGCUGUGCCACCCACACCCACGGCCCCGCUGCUGCCGCUGCUACUGCCGCCAACGCCCUUGGAUGCCGCACGCACCUCGGCUUCGCACAACUCGCCCAGGUAGGCCUGACAUAAAGACACCACACAGACGCAUACACACAAACAAGGAGAGAGGGAGGGCGUAGGUACCUGGAGAGGCCUGGUGCGGUUGGCCCUGGUGUGAGUGGUGAAGCCGCUCCAGUCGCCCCCCUUGUGUGUGGGUGUGGAGGGGGCCGACUCGUUUGCAUGGUGUGACAGGGACGGGGAGGGGGCCACACUGACGCACGGCGGCUGUUGGUGGUGGGGCUGGUGGUUGGUGUGGGUGGUCGUCAUGUUGUGGUGGAUGUGCAGGUUGGGCGUGGUCGUCCCCGCACUCGUACUGGCACUGGCCUGGGUGCGCGUCACGCUCGCAGACGACUCGGUGUGAUCCACCGCCACCCCGCCGCCGCCACCAGCACCGCCCCCAGCCCCACUAAGAGGUUGGUCGAGUGGCCUGGGGCGGUAUGUGAUGACCCGGCAGGCGCCUGCGUCAGGGUGCUGGUUGAUCUGGUGGGCGAUCAUCUUGACGGCGCGCAUGAGGCGCUCGGGGUCGUUGGCGGCCACGCAGACGACCCGCUCGCUGCAGGACUCCUCGGGCGAGACGAACAGCGGCGAAAUCGUCACUGUCGCACCAGUGUCCUCCCGGAUCGACUUAACGUGCGCCUGACACACACACAGACAGACACCACUCAGCACGUGUGUCAUGUGCCGGAUGCGUCAGGUGUGGUGGCCCACCCCGUUCGGUCCGAUGAGGAAUCCGACGACCAUCCGCGGCACGACGAACUUACAGCUAACCCGGGCGAGUUUGAGCAUGUCGGCGCCCCUGCAGACGCGGUCGACCACCCAGUACAUGGCCUGCUGCACCAUCUCCCGCUGCCCACUGAUGGCGGCCACCCGCUCGUUGGUGCCGGGGAAGUAGCAGCCGUGCGGCGACAGGACGAUCUUGGCGCCCGUCUCCCGCUGCAGCUCCAUGAUGGUGCGCCCGCUGCGGCCGAUGAUCGAGCCCGCCACCGUGUUGGUCACCAACAUCUUCAGGUACCUGCACAACACAAACAUGGCAGCAGUGUGGGGGGGCGGGUGGGUGGGCUCCUCUCUCCCCUGGUUUCUGUCUGGAUGUGCUGACUGAGUCACCCACCAGUAGGGCGCGUCUUCAACGUCGUGGCGGACGUCCAGGUCGCCCAACAGGUUACUACUGCCCGUGCUAGUGGCCGCACACCCGAACGCUCCGCCGCCAAACACUGACGGCCCGCUGGGCUCUGGGAAGUUGGGCAUGUUCAUCUGCGCCACAGGGGCAGCUAUGGGUGCGAACAUCUGGCCGUCAUUGGCCUUGUGGGGGGCGGCCGCUGUGGUCAGGGGCGGCACGGUUGCCAUGCCCGAUGGAACGAAGGGGAGGGCUGAAGCCUUCAU